AUGCGUCCCAUUGCCAGCCUCCCAGCUGAAUUCAAAAGCUUGUACCGGCUCUUUCUUCGAGCUAAUUCCGCGGUGGUUCUCCAUCAUUCGCCAUCAAAAACGCAAGUUCAUCGGCUGUGGAGACCUGUCUUCGACGAAGCUGCACUCAAAAUCCAUAGACUUCAGCAUCAUGACGUUUGUCAACCUGAGCGGGACCGUAUUGUCCAGUGGCUCUAUACUUGGCACAAACGGGUGGACCACACACUUUCGCUGCUCGCAACCGCGGCGGUAUCACGAGGACUCGCCCAUAAAAUCACUCGCAAUCUAAAAUGGCUACGACAAAGCCAUGUUUUGUGGGUCGAGAAAUUGUAUUACUCCCACAAGCCUUUCUGGAAGCCGCAACUUCCUCCGACGUCCUCGCAGUACCAACCUUACUCGCUUCCAACACCUGGUAGUAAGCCCGAUAACGUACUCGGGAGAAAAAGGAACACGAGGCUUUUUGACGAGCAGUGUUCGAACGCACUGGGUGAGGUCAUAAAGAUGGCUGAAGGAAAGCAUAAUAUCAUUCUGGGGAGACUUCGCCUUAAACGUUGGCAGCAAGAAUGGUCGUCAUGA